UAUGGGGAAGAGAAGAUCGAGUUUCAGAUGAUAGUGCGUUUUCGAAUAACGAUCGCGGUAACGAAACGAACCGAGGAGAGUCUAGGUUUUCUUCGGAGGAUAAAAAGAGAAUGCAGUUAAAGAUAUGUUGGCAAGAAAACAUUACAAAGUUCGAAACUAUAAAAAGACAGCUUCAUGAAAAACAGCGAGAUUUAUUAAAAUUAUACGCUUCGUUGCGUUCAAGUCACAAGGAGUUGUUAGGAAUGGGCCAAACAAUGUGCUUGCCACCGUCGGAGGAUUUAUCAAUCAUGAAUGUUGGCAAACUGGCCCCAGGACAGUUGCUGCAGCUGUGCGCUGGGGCAGAAACCAACGAAACACAGAUGUCUAAUACUCCUUUGAAUCUGCAUUUAUUACGUGAAAUACCAAACAAAAUUGUUGCUUCGUGCGAAGAAACAUUAAAUAGUAGAAAGGAUAUUAUCGAUUGGUUUGAGGACAUCAUGGCAAAAAAAAUGAUUACGAAAAAUGUACUCGUUAAAAAAAUCAAAGAAUUUAAAACUGAGAAUGAAGAAUUUAAAAGGUCACUGGAUAAGAAUAAAGAGGAUUACUUGAGUUUUUUAAACGAUUCAGAGAAUUUUUUUAAAAAUAAACAAAAACAAAUUAAAUUUAUGUAUAUAUUUGUCAUUAUUUUCAGACACGAUACGAAUAGCACAUUAGCCAAUGAACUGUGUUUUCAAAGUUUAUCAUUGAAAUUAUCAAAAGUAAAUGCAUUAAACGAGGAACUUCGAAAAAAACUUCAAGAGACGGAGGAUAAAGCAACAUUCGCUGAAAACAAGUCAAGGGAAAGAGAAAAGCAAUUAUUAAAAAUCACGAAACAUAAAAAUCACAUGUCGAAAACUGACUUACAGUUAAAGUCCAAAGAAGACGAAAUAGCACAACUCAACUUAGCCUUGGAGCAAGCUAAUUCUAAAAGCCGGACAUUGGAAAAAACAGUUUGCCAAUUGCGCGAAGAGAACCAAGAAAUGCAGUCAAAUUAUGAUAAUGAACUAAAAAAACUAAAUGAAUCUCUUGAUAUAAAUACGAAACUGUUUGAUGAAAUUACUGCUGAUCGAAGAAAACUAUUAGUCGAAAAACAAGAGCUAGAAAAUCAACUUAUAGAACUAAGUAAGAAUUUUGAAGAAACUUUACACACUACGAAACACGAGUCAAAUUUAUGUAUUGCGAAGUUAAUGGAAACAGAGAAGAAAUACAAAGAAGUAUUAGAUGAGAAAAAUAUACUGGCUGACAGAAUAGAAUCUAUGUGUACACAACUUCUUGAGUCAGAAUUACGAUUUAAAGACGCCGCGAAGAAAUUAACAGAAAUGGAAUCAAAUUCAAGAAACGUAGCCGAAUGCCACAAGGAAAUAGAAAUGUUGAAUUGUCACCUUGAAAAUGCUAAAGAAGAACUGCUGGGAUAUGAAACUACAGUAACCAAGCAAACAGAAGCUAUGCAAGAAUUACGACAAAAUUGGAACGACGCCGUCAACUCAGGGAAACAGUUGAAAAAUGAUUUGAAUAAUAAGGAAAAGUAUAUUUUGGAGCUGGAAGGGCUACGAAACGUGCUCGAACAACGCUUACUCGAAAGUGAAUCGAAAAUACAAACAUAUUCAGAAGAAUUGACAAAUAUCAAAACUCUACUACGUGAAGUUUUCGGAGAGUUUGAAACCAUAGUAGAAUUGCAUGAAAUGAUAAAGCAGCAAACUCUUCAGCUAGUAGAAGCAAAUCUAAAAAAUAAUACUUUGGCUGAAGUCUUAAACGAAAAGGAUAUUGAACUACAAAAUCGUGUUGAAAUCAUAACAGAGCAGGAACAUUUGUUAGAGGAACGGGAAACGGCCUUGAAGAUGCUAACGGACAAAAAUGAAGAACAAAGCAAUAUUAUUAAAUUACUACGAAAUAAUUUGGAUGACAGAACUCAAGCGGAUAUAGAGAUCAAUCGACAACUUGACGAGAAGAAUACUGAAAUUGAAUCACUCACGAGUCAUGUUGAAAAGAGAAAGGAACAAAUAUCACAAUUAGAGCAAAUAAUCCUAACUUUAGAAAAUCAAAUAGUCAAGUUAGGCGACCAAAAGAGAACAGCACGCGAAGCUGUAUCAUCACUUGAGAAGAAGCUUAGUGAAUAUGAAUCAUAUUACAUAACCAAUACAAAGAAGACUGAUUCACCGGUCGAUAACUUAGAUGAUUUAAUCAAUAUUCUAGAGUACGAGCUUACAAACCCUUCAGAUGAUCAAUUUAAUUAUUCAGAACAAGAAGUAGAAGCUCGUAGAAAUAAACGAGGAGCGCAUAAUGAUUAUAAAAGUCACAUUCAGGAUAAUUUUGAUAUGUACCAGUUGCGGAAAAAUGUGCCAACCAAAGGGAUGAGUACUUUUUCAAAAAAUAAAAGGAAUCUAAAUAAAGCUAAUAACAAAGGUGAUGGUGUCUGUGGAAACAAAAUGUUUCCCAGUGUGGUGUCAUCAGAAUUUGCUGCCUUGCAAAAAGGAUCUGCAACUGCAACUAAGAAAAAUGGAAAUCCGCGCGUCGCACACCAGCAUCACACUACUGAUGUUAAUUAUUGUUUGAUGCCCAGUCACAUUAAAGACGAAAAAAAAUUAAAAAUGUUUAAACUCGCCGGUCAUAAAUUGCAAUGAAAUUAUGCAAGUAG